GAAGGAAGAGCCUUGUGCUUUGUCGAUAUAUAUAUAUACGAGGGAGUCCAACAUCACAUUUGUAUCCUCUAACAGAUCUCAUCUACUCACUUCUACUUUCUUUAAUUGUUUAUAACUAACAUUCCCAGAAGAUGAAUAGGCCAGGAGACUGGAACUGCCGAUUGUGUAGCCACCUCAACUUCCAGAGAAGGGAUUCCUGUCAACGCUGCAGAGAGCCAAGGACGAGCGGCAUUACCGACUUAGUGAGUAAUUUCACAAGCCGUCCAAUCAGUAGCUCUUUUGCUUUCAACACCGGGCCUGACGUGAGACCAGGUGAUUGGUACUGCAACCUUGGAAAUUGCGGGACGCACAAUUUUGCAAGCAGGUCCAACUGUUUCACGUGUGGUGCCGCAAAAGAUGAGUCGUCACGCUCGGCUGCUGCUGCAGCCACCGGGUUUAUAGACAUGAGUGAUGGUCCGAGACGCGGCCUUUUUGGUUUUGGUAGCAGCAGUGCUGGUGGAGGCGGCAUGGGCCGUUCUUCUUGGAAAUCUGGAGAUUGGAUUUGCUCGAGGCCAGGCUGCAAUGAACACAACUUCGCAAGCAGGUCAGAGUGUUUCAGGUGCAACGCCCCAAAGGAACCGGCCACCAAUUCACCCUACUAGUCCUAACUUUCUUCGUCAUCUUCAAGAAAAUGGUUACGUUAGAAGAGAUAAAACUAGUGAAGAACCGAAGCAAGAAAACGGCCCUUUAUGUCGUGAUUUGUUUUUAUUUUUAAUGUUGAUUUGUCUCGUUUCAUAUCUCGUAGGACUUUUGUCUGGUUAUCUUUGAAUGUAAGCAAAUCAAGUAAAAUUAGGAAGUGUUUUGUUCUUA